UGUGUGAGGAGACCAUUUAUAGCGUCGUCUCCACCUCUUCAUCGCACUCUUGCAUCAACACCGCCAUGUCCCCUGUACUGCCGGGCUCAAGAACACCCUUUCAACCUUCAGCACCACAAAUUAAGAAAUGGGGCAAGGGAGACUACUGGGGACUGUCUGCCGACCAUGACCCAGAUUGGCUACUGACGGAGAAGCAGAAACAACUUCGGAAUGACCUGAUUGAGCUGUGCAGGGUCAAGAUUCGACCUCAAGCGAUCCAGUGUGACAAACAGUACAAGUAUCCACGUGAAUCCCUGAAUGCUUUGGCCAAGCUUGGUCUACUGGGCUUAGUGGUGCCUAAAGAGUUGGGUGGACUCGGAGAAAGCCACAAAUUCGCCUUCAUCAUCGUGGAGACUCUGGCACGUUAUGGUUGCCCCUCCACUGCUUUAGUCUACUGCAUGCAUGUUGUAGCCUGUUCAGUACUACUCUUCAGGUACCACAACAACCGAAAACAGAAAGAUUUGUUGUCCCGCCUCGAUAAGGAAAAGCUGGUGGGUACCCAGGCUUACUCUGACCCUGCUACAGGUGGGCACUCUCAUUUCCAAAUGUCCUCCAAGGCGAAAUGCCUUGACGAAGAAACCGUACAGCUGCUAAAGUUUGCUUCCUGGGCCACCAGUGCUGGCCAGGCAGACUGGUACGUCAUCCAAACUGUCAAUCCAGGCUUUGCAGGAGAUUACUCUGAUUUCUCUUGCUUCUUGGUCUUUAAAAAUGAAGUUCGAGCCAACACUGAGGACUGGAGUGCCCUAGGGAUGCAUGGCAACAUAUCUGGACCUAUAGUAAUAGAGGGAAAAUUCAACAUUGACAGGAUGAUUGGCUCUCGCGGUGAAGGCAAACGUAGUAAUGAUGAAACUAUUAUCCCUUACCACUUGUUGUUCACCUCUGCGUGUUGGAUUGGCAUUUCAUUGGCAUCCAUUGACGUGGCAAAGAAACACGUCACCCACAAGGCUCAUGCAAACGUUGGCAUGAGGGUGUGUGAUUACCCGUCUGUCCAGGACCUCUUUGGAGAGGCAGUGUGCGACGUCAACUCAGUACGCUGCCAGGGCAUCUUGCUUGCUGAUGCCAUGGAUAAGGAGACCAACAACAAUGACUGGAGGCUGCACGAAGAUAAAGCAUUCGUUGCAAGAGGAAAAUAUGUGCAUUGGUUAACGCAACACAAAUAUUCUGCUUCUAAGGUGGUCAGCGAAGUGACAGACAAGAUGCUACAUGCUUGUGGUGGGACAGGAUACAAGACACAUCUGGGUAUUGAACGACUGCUCAGAGAUGGCAAGGCUGGCUGGGUGAUGGGGCCCUCCAAUGAGAAGGUGAAGCAGAUAAUUGGCAAAACAGUUCUGGGAAACUUUGAGGUUUUUGACUUAUGGCAUCAAAGGCCUAACACAAGAAUUGUUCAUCAUGAGAUUGAAAAAAUGAGCUAUGAAGAUAAAAAAAAACUGGCUGAGGAGCUGAUGGAAGAAGUAGAGCUAGAAAAGAAAAAAACAGAAUUGAAACAUCCUUUCCAAGAUAGUGACUUUGAUAACCCGUUCAACACAUGUCCACCUGCUGUCAAUGAUAAGGUGAUCAAGACGGCUGAUGGAGAGAACCACUAUCCUGCCCUGAAGCCAGGAACUUGGGUGUACCUCACCCUUAAAUCCACCGUCACUCUUACUGACAAGAUGGCCUCUUUUGUGUUUGAUUUGCCCAAAGACACAGACCACACAGGAUGCUUCCCAGGACAGUAUAUUGCUGCCAAGUCAAUCAUCAGCGGCAAAGAACAUGUGCGGUACUUCUCUCCUGUGUCUCCCCCUGAUGAGUUUGGCGUCAUUGAAAUAGUGCUAAGGUUUGAAAGCCAUGGCAUCAUGUCCCAAUACUUCAAGGCAUUAAAGCCAGGUGACAGGAUGGAGUUUCAGGGUCCUUGUGGAGGGUUCGAGUACACGCCAAACCAACUGCAUGAAUUGACUCUGCUGGCCUCCGGAGCAGGAAUCACACCCGGUAUGCAGCUUGUCCGCUCCAUCCUGAAGAACUCAGCAGACAAAACCAAUGUUAAAUUACUCUACUUCUCUGAAAACUACAAUGAUAUACUAUACAAAGAAGAAUUGGAUAAGUAUAGAGAACAAGACAGCCGCCUGCAGGUGGUGUACACACUGGGUGAGGCACCGGAAGAGUGGGAGGGUGAGGAGGGAUUCAUUAGCUCACACAUGCUUGACAAACAUGUUGCAAAACCUAGUAUGAAGAAACACAAGAUUGUUAUGUGCGGUGGUCCUGCAAUGAUCAUCUCGUGUCUGUACUCCCUCCGCUCCCUCAACUAUCCCUCUGACUUCAUAUUCAUCUAUGGCCAAUUUGGAACGGAACAGGUGAAGACUGUGUUUGGGAGAAAUGUGAAGCUUUCAACCCAUCGAUGCGACAACGUCCUGUAGCACACCACUCACAGGGAGUGUGAGCAAGGGGAUUGUGGACUGAUUGUGGAUGAUAUAUUGUUUGCAUUGCCAUAAUAAUAAUUUAUCAUUUUCUUUUAAAGGAUAUCCUUCAAAGCAACAAGCGCAGGCAAAUACAUAUAACAAGUACUUGUUGCAUUAUUUUGGAGCUUAAUUAGUAUAAUAUUAUCACUAGUUUUCUGAUGUGGCUUUAUAUGCGUGGAAUAAAUAUGUUUACAUUA